CAUUGACUGUCAGAUAAUAAACGAAAAUUCGCUACAUAUUCAGCGAACAUCAAAAUGGCCAAAGGAUGACAACAUACGACUGUCAGUUAAAAGAGAAAGUCGAUACUUCGAAGAAAAUCAAGAGAAAAUGUCUCACAUUCAGUAUGUGGACGAGUUGGUCAAAGAAUAUCUACUCUUCAGAGGUUUUAGCCAAACGUUGAAGGCUUUCGACAAUGACUUGAAAGCCGAGAAAGAGAAAGGCUUUAGGGUUGAUAAAAUCGUUGAUCAAUUGAUGCAAUACAUAUACAACUAUGACCUAACAUCUUUGAGAGAAUUAUGGGGACACUUAGAUCUGAGGAUGUUUUCACGUUUGGAGAGUCACUUUACACCAGCUGUGAGAAAGCUGGAAAACGCCGUUCUAAAAAUGUACCUGGUCAAUGCAGCAGUGAAUAAUAAACAAGAUCGGAUUCAAGAAUUUUUUACCAAAAUGACGCCAGAGUUACAGGGUCAUUCGGAGUGGAAAGAAUGGUUUGCAUUGCCAUUUGUUAAAAAUCCUGAAGACAAUCCAGCGUACUCUGUACAUUUUAGUAGACAAUGGCAGGACACUAUGUUAGUGUCCCUGCAUAAUUUCCUUGCUACUAUUUUUCAAUGUAUGCCGCAACCGACGUUACUCGCAAUAGACGAGGAUACAAAUAAAUUGAAACGGCUUCAGGAAGAAAAUGAAGCAUUGAGGCAACGUUUGAGCGAGUCGGUUAAAAUAGAAAAUGUAAUGGAUGUGAAUCCAGGACCAGCUCCUCAACAUCCACCACUUAUGGAUGAUUUUUAUAUUAUAGCACAAGAAUCUCCUUUAUUAGAAAAUCCUAAAACACUAAGGAAUCUCAUAAGAAAUAUUGGCGGCGGUUCUAGUCCAGUUUUAAGUAGAAAACCGGGGACAAGUAUAAGGAAAGUAAUAGAGCCAGAAAUGUCGACAAAAAGAACCAAUACAAAGGGGAAAAUCAAUUCAAUCAACAAAUCUGAACCUGUUAGCAAAAGAAGCAUUAGCUGUGAUUCGAGAUUAACAAGCUCUAGAAAAAGAGAUUCGUCUAUUGAUGCGGUAGCCGAACGGAAAGCUAAAGAUAAAAUCGAUUCCACUUAUAUUCUUCUUAGUCAAGAAGAAUAUACGGAACACAAAACGUCAAUAAUUCAGUGCAAAAGUAAUGCAAGUGGCUCUUAUGUUGCUACAGGCGAUGCAGAUGGUAUUAUUAAAGUAUGGACACCAAUACCUUCACCAAAGACUGUUACUACAUUUAUCUCUGCCCCAGCGAAUUCAAACAAAGCAAUUACAGCGUUAGAUUGGAUAUCAAAGAAUGAGCGUUAUUUUUUACACGGUGAUAACAAUGGCCUGAUUCAAUUGCACGACACUCGUGAUUGUAAAACUUUAUGGGAUAUUCAACACGAAAAUUCUCGAAUCAUUACUUUGUUAUGCAAUCCGACGGAAUCGACAUUCGUAUGUUCCGUAUCUGAUUCAAACGAAGGAAGAUUGUUAUUAUACGAUAUCAAAACGAGAAAAUUGGAAAGAACUUUACCGAUGGAACAAAAUGUAACCGCGUUGUGUUCCGCGUUUAAUCACAACGGACAGCUUCUCAUCACGGGAUUGUCCAAUGGAAAUAUUUUAAUACACGAUUUGAGACGAAAUGAAAUUAUCGAUAAUAUAAGUUGUCACGCGAGUCCAGUUAUCGAUAUAGAACUUAUUAACGAUUAUACAAAUAUCUGUACGCAAAGCGAGGACGGGAAACUGUGUCAAAGAAGUUUGAAUCAUUCGGGAAAGAUUCUGUGGGAAACGAAGAUUAAAGUAGAGAAAAACACAGUUCAUGGAAAAUUGUUUACUUUUGAUCAAAGUGGUAACUAUAUGCUACUUUGUACACAAACUGGAGGAAAUAUAUACAAAAUGCCGCCAGGUGCACAAGCGAAAAUUUUAGAGUUAGGCGGACAUAAAGGUACACUCUGUUGUGACUGGUCUACUGCCAAUCAAUCUGGAACAUGUAUAACUGGUGGCGCAGAAGGGAAAGUACGCGUGUCGACGUUGCUCUCACCAUGAUACAGAAGCAAAAUUAGUAUCUGUGUGAAUUCAUGAAAUACCACGUAAGAUUAGCUCAAAUUUGUAGAGACUAAAUAUUUAGAACGAUGGACAUUAAGAAGAAACUUUUUAGUCAUUAUUCAUUGCAUAAUGAAGUUUGAAUUAUUUAAAAGCACAUACUCAAAGUACAUACUCAUAAUAAGAAAAGAAAAGAUCCAAAUAUUUUAUGCAGAGUAAAACGAUAAAAGUAAACGUAUAAUAAUACGUUUAGCAUCAAGUCAAAUGUAUUAUAAUCUUAUCUUUAAAAUGGAAUCAGGGACUACCAAUUAUAAAAUGUACAGGAAUUAAUAUAAUUGUAAAGAAAGCGGUACAUAAGAUAUUUAUAAAUGUCGCGUUAGUUAAUUGAUAGGACACAUCAUCGAACGAGUUUGUAAAAAAGUAAUGAAAUUAUAGUAAUUUAUGUAGCAAUGUCGUGUGUAUAUUUAAUAUUAGAAAUCUAAGAUAUAACUGUAAGAGGUACAGGAACUUGUCAAUAAAUAUUGGUCAAUUUUAAAAUA